UGAUGUGUUUCUGCCACCUGUAUGGUAUGGGAUUUUGUUAUGAUGAUUUUCGAAUCAUUUAUUUUAUAUCUAUAUUCGUUAAUAUGUCAGCAAGUAUUUACAUAUACUACAAAGCUUUAAUUUUUGUCCAAAUGAAUAUGUCGAACAUGUUCGACUUGUCUACAUUAACGUCCGUGGUUCGACUGCAUAUCCGUUUUUUAGCGAAUCCAUUAAUGAUUGUAUUGUUGUGUGCCAAAAUAACGACUAUUAUGAACUAUAUAAGCGAUUUUGACGAUCUGGUCGUCAGAAUCAAUGAUGUUUCACUGAAGCCGUACAUGUUACAUUUCUUUGGUUGGCUGUCGAUUACUCUGGUCACGGAAUUUAUACAGUUAAUGACGUUUCACUAUCGCAUGGACUUCAGAUAUUUAAAGAUUUCCUCCACUGUCCAGUUCGUCAUAUCUAACGUGUGGCUAGUCACGCCAGUUUUGAUAUAUAUUUUUCUCAUCUCCUUGGUGUCUCAUGGUAUACGAGAAAUCAACAACGAUAUAACCUCGAUGAGAGCGUGGAGAACACACAGUCAAAAAUGGAAAGAGCUUCAACACGCGGCAAUAGUUCUAACUAACUCUGUGUUUGGAAAGAUUAUUAUUAUUUUUAUAAUGUACACCAUAAUGGAAUUAACCUUUUUCUGUUUUGCGUUAUAUUUAAGUUGGAGAGGUAAUUAUUUUAGUGAAUUAGUUGCAUACUUCAUAAUCCUGUUUGUUCGAGCCGGCUUGAUGUUUCAACUUUUCCGAACCAGCCAUAGUUGCAAGAUGGAAAAACAGAUGAAAAGGACACAAAUACUUUUGAAUGGUACUUGUAAAAAUACAAUUUCAGAUUACAAAGAAUUUCAGUUCACAUCUAUGUACAUGCUGCAUACUGAUUUCGAUUUCACGCCAUGUAAUAUUUUUGAUAUUACGUACAGAAAUUUAGUAACUAUAUUCACUAUAAUUGCUGCCUACGCGAUUUUUCAAAUUCAAAUGAAACUAAUUUAAGAAUAAUGCAACU